AUGCCGUCGCCAAUUUUUCUGUCCCGUCCACCGCCCAAUUUCUCGCCAUUGGCGAUUGUGCGAGGUUUCCAGCUGUUUUUUGUGGGUGCGUACCGAUCGUUACAGAACCCCGAUAUCUUCCGAACAGAACACUACAGAAAGGCACUGAAGAUGCUGGGAUACUCGCUGGGAAUCCAGCUGUUGAUAUGGUCGCCGAUUCUCGUGCUCAAGUGGUUCUUGCAUCUUUCCAAACUGGCAUUUACUGGUCAAGACGCCCGGUUCACCAUCAACGACGCACUGGGGUCUCUGCGGUUCAUCCAAAACCACGUGCUCAACCUGGGACCGUUCGUGAUUGCAGGAAUGCGAUACUUCCGUCCCGAAAUCGACGAGAUCUUCCUGCGAUCUCUGCAACACGCAGACCAGACCUACGCCAAGAAACACCCUGAACUCAAGAACCCUCCCCAGUACUACAUGCCUCUGGUGACAUACAAGGAACAAGCUAGAGCCUAUGGAACAGGCAAGGGCGGCCGACCAUGGUGGUCGUUCAUGUCCGGAAAGUCGUCCUCAGGAAACGACUUCUCUUCUUUCCUCAGCAGAAUGGCUACCAGAACAGCCUUCACUCUCGCCAUGUACCUCAUCAAGGACGUGCCUGUGCUUGGUUCUCUGUCCAUCAAUUCUGCCUCCUUUUACUCUUUCAACCAGGUGGUUGGAACUCCUGCAGCUGCAGCAGUGUUUGGUCUGGGUCUCAUGGUGCCCAAAAAGUGGCUGCUUGUCUUCCUGUCGGCCUUCUGGGGCUCUCGAUCGUUGGUGCGAGAACUGCUUAUCCCUUACUUUAAGAGAAUCCCCUUUACCACCACCGACCGACAACACUGGCUUGCUGCUCGUGAGGGAGUCAUUUUCGGAUUCGGAGCUGGCUUCUUCCUGCUGCUGCGAAUUCCAUACGUUGGACUGCUCACCUACGGAGUUGCUGAAGCUUCAGCCGCCUACCUCAUCACAAAAAUCUCCGAUCCCCCACCACACCCGUCGCAGUUCAUGCCCUGGAGUGAACGGGAGGUUGCAUGGACGUUUAACGAUAGCGAUCUGAUGGGAGACGGUCCUUCGAAGCAGGCCCAUGCCGCUGCCGCCGCUGCCGCCUCAUCAAAACCCGCAGGAGUGCCAGGAGUGCCAGGAGCUUUCAAGCCAUCUUCGUCUUCAAAACCGGCUCAUCCUCAGCUCCCCCCUCGGCCCCCUGCUUACCAUCGACAAAACAGCCUAUAG